AUGGCGGAAGACAAGGACAGUGAGAAAGUUUCCCCUGCGCGGAAACAAGAAUGUAUUGUCGAUAAUACCCUUCUCGAUGAAUCGUCAAUCAUCAACAUGGAUUAUUCUGGCGCAAGAACGACAUUAAGCCCGGAGGAAAUCAAUCUUGUCAGGAAACUAGAUAGAUGGAUAAUGCCAACUCUUUGGGCUAUGUACUGGCUUAACUAUCUCGAUCGGAACGCCAUUGCCCUUGCCCGCGUAGAUGAUCUCGAGCAGGAUCUUCACCUCAAGGGGAACGAAUACAAUACAUGCAUUUCUAUCCUUUUUGUCGGGUACCUGAUUGGGCAGAUACCAUCUAACAUGUAUCUCACACGGGCUAAGCCGUCAUAUUACCUGUCCUUCUUCAUGGCUCUGUGGGCUAUCGCUUCCGGUCUAACAGCUUUAGCAAAGGAUUUCAAAGGUCUUUUGCUGACGCGCUUCUUUCUUGGUGUCCUAGAAGCUCCGUAUUAUCCUGGCGCUCUAUACCUGCUAUCAAUCUUCUACACACGUAAGGAGAUAGCCACCCGGAUUUCCAUACUCUACACUGGCAAUAUUUUAGCCACCGCAUUUGCUGGCUUAAUCGCUGCUGGAAUUUUUGCAGGAAUGGAUGGGCGGUCUAGUAUCAAGGGAUGGCAGUGGCUUUUUAUUUUACUAGGAAUUGCCACGUUUGUUGUCGCCCUUGGAUCGGUGUUCACACUCCCAGAUGACCCCUUAAGCACCAGAUGGCUCACACCGAAGGAACGCGAACUUGCACACAAUCGCAUUACCAACGACACUGUUGACCGCCAAUCGCAAACCACAACCUGGGUCGGGCUCAAAGCAGCCGCUAAGGACUAUCGCCUCUGGAUCUUUGCCCUGAUGCAGCACCUCCAUCUUGCUGCAAAUGGAUUCAAGAACUUCUUUCCCACGGUUGUCCAGACGCUCGGUUUCAACAGACUUAUAACAUUAAUUUUAACAUGUCCACCAUAUUUAAUCGCGGGACUGAUAUCCGUCCUCUGGUCCAUGAGCUCCGGUAGAUUCAACGAGCGAACAUGGCAUAUAACAGCCGCAAAGGCUAUCGCGGUAGUCGGAUUCGCAAUCGCGUGCGCUACGCUGAACACAGGGGCGCGAUAUGCUGGAAUGGUAAUAUUUACCAUUGGCACAUAUGCUGUCAAUUCGAUUAUCCUGGGCUGGGUAGGGUCCACUUGUGGACAGACGAAGGAGAAAAAAUCCGCGUCUCUCGCAAUAGUCAAUACCAUUGCUAAUGUGUCAUUUAUAUGGACUCCUUAUCUCUGGCCCAGUUCCGACGGACCACGGUAUUUAAUCGCCAUGUCUUCGAGCAUUGGGCUAUCAAUUGCAACUGCAGUGGCGGCAUGGGGGAUGCGAUUUAUCCUCCUGAGGCAAAAUAAGAAAAUUAAACAAGUUAGCGAGGGCGGCGGCCCUUGUUAUGCUUAUUGA